CCAGGCGGAAUGAGUUAAUUGCGGACUUCGGGGAAGUUUUGAAGUUGUUUCAUUAAACAGUGGCGAUCGCUAUCUGAAACUCACUAUGGCUAUACCAGGCCCAAACAAGGAUAAUAUCAGAGCUGGAUGCAAGAAAUGUGGAUAUCCGGGUCACUUGACAUUUGAAUGCAGAAAUUUUGUAAGGGUGGAUCCAAAAAAGGAUAUUGUUCUGGAUGUCAGCAGUACAAGCAGUGAAGACAGUGAUGAUGAUGAAGAAGUCAUAGACAUGGAGAAAAAGGUAGCACCAACAAGUAGCAGAAAUAUUAAUGAAGACACUAAGAAAAAGCAACUCAAAAAAGAAAUUAAAGAAAAAUCUCACAAGAAGACAAGAAAAAGAUCUCACUCCAGUAGCAGUGAUCAAGAAGCUUCUAAAAAGAAAAAGAAGAAACAUUCAAAGAAGAAAAAGAAACAUGAAAAGAAACACAAGAAAGAAAAGAGUCAUAAAAAGGAGGGGAAGAAAAGUAAAAAGAGGAGACAUUCAUCUUCAAACAGCUGCUCCACAUCAUCGGACACUGAUUAAGGCAUUACUGAUCUAAUAAAUUAAAGACUGUUCUUUUUGCUGAAAAUGUAAUGCUUUUAUUGUUACCAUUAUCAGAUGUGAAGUUAUUGUUUUUUGGAAAACUAUAUUUAACAUUUACACAAAUUGUACAUUUCUGCUCAUCCAAAAAUUCCAUAUAUAGUUUUCAGCCUUAUUAUUGUUUACUGUGUUAUUGUGAUAUUUAUGCUAAGUUAUCCAGACUGUUUUAUGUAACAUUAUCAAAUCCACUGCAUGAUUCAGGGUUUAUCCCAGCAGUGUUAGGCGAAACAUUCCUGGGCAGGGUAGCAGUUUAUUGCAGGGCUACUAAUGCACAUUCAUUUUUGCUCAGGGCCACUUUUGGAAAUACCUAGUAACCUAACCCAUAUGUUCUUAGGGAUGUAAAAACAAAACCCGGGUAUACAUGGAUCCUUGCACAGAAAAUGACUGAUAUAGUAAAGAUGCUAGCUGAUGUGUUAGGCAGUGGAACUAACCACUGCCCUACAGAGCUGCCCUUAGUUUAUAUAAGAUUAGUUUACAGAGUGACAAAGACAAAUAUUUAUUUACAGUAAUGAUGUAAUAUCUUCUGCUUGCAACGUAAACAUAAUUCCAGAAAGGAGAUAUUUUUACAGUAGUGUUUUUGUAUGUAAUUUAAUAACAAAAAUUAUGUAGGCUCUUGGCAGUAUUUUUAAUGUAUUUGAUAUGUAUCAAAAGCUCUCUUAUGCUGAUUACUCUCAUUUGUUACAAGCUGAAAUAUGGUUGAUUUCCAGAAACAUUGACUGUCGUGUUAUAAAGUCUUAGAUUUGUGCUUGGUUUGUCUAUAUGUAGAUGUGGACAAAUUUGUUGGUAUCCCUCCAAGAAAAAAGAAGAACUCACAAUUGUCUUUGUAGUAACUUGAAACUGUCAAAAGUAAUUGGCACCCAUCAUUGUUCAUACCACAUUUAACAAAACGGACUUUGCAUUAGAGUUUUUAUUCAACAGAGUAUUUCAAGUAAUAACACUAAUUUAAGUGGCAUGCACAAAAAUGAUGAGGGCCUGAAUCUAACAUUUUGUUUGACAACCUUUAGAGGAAAUAACUGUAAACAAGUGAUUCCUGAAGCUCUCAAUGAGACCCCUGCACCUGUCAACAGGGAGUUUGGCCAACUCUUCCUGAGCAAACUGAUCCAGCUGUGUUAGGUUUCAAGGGGGCCUUCUCCAGGCUACAUGUUUAAAUUCUUUCCACAGAUGUUUCAUAGGAUUCAAAUCAGGGCUUAUGUAAGUCCACUACAGAAUAGUCCAGUGUUUUGUUCUUAGCCAUUUAUGAGUGCUUUUAGCUGUGUGUUUUGGCUGAUUAUCCUAUUGGAGGAUCCAUGACCUGUGACUGAGAAACAGCCUUUUGACAAUGGCAGAAUGUUACGCUCCAGAAUGUCUUGAUAGUCUUGUGAUUUCAUUGUUCUGUAUACAGACUCAAGGCACCCCAUGAAAGACACAGCAAAGUAGCCCCAAACAUAACCGAGCCUCCUGCAUAUUUCACAAUAGGUAUGGUGUUCUUUUCUUUGAAAGCUUUAUUUUUUCAUCUGUGGACAUAGAGCUAGUACUUCAGAGGAUGUAGUAACACAGUCUGUUCCAACUCUGCUUUAAGAUAGUGUCAUGGAUGGCCAGGACACCUCUGCCUUGGAAGGACCAGGGGUGCGAAUGUAAACAGAGUAUUACCUCUCCCGGAAUGCUAGAUGGCAGCCCCCCUAGGUAACAACGGUAUCUAGGACUCCCGCAGGGCUUCAUAGGAGAUGGAAUUGGAUACAGCCCUGUCGGGAUCCGGGGGCGCCACCAGACUGCACUGCAGCUGUUCCUGAGCUCGAGUUGCGGUUCUUCCGUCACAGCGGGAAGUGGGGCAACUAGCACCUGGAGCACUUCCGGGUGACUUAUAUAAGGGGCCAACAGAUACUACUCAGUGAGCCAGAGUCGGGAGGAGGGAGACAAAGCUUGCCGUAGAGGAGAAAAAGAAGAGAAGUAAAGGAUUCAGUAUUGUGUAUUGUGUACUUUGCUUGAGACUGUGUUGUGCCUAUGGGAAAUGAGGAAGGCAUUUCCCACGAGGUGAAGAAAGAAAAUAAAAGCUUGUGUUUUUAUAAGUGUGA